AUGGUCGGCGCAUUGCCUUUCAGCCUCAUCCUCGUCCUGUCCGUGUCCGUGAUGCCCACGUCCUGGGGCCACCCCGCCCCCUCGCCGGAGGUGUCGGGGCCCCCGCACUCCGCCCUCCUCCCGCCCGGCUGCUGCGGGGCCGGGGCCGGGCCCGCGAGGGGCCGGGGCCUGGGCUUCCUGACGCCGCUGCUGGAGGAGGCGCUGGCCAAGAGGUCCUUCCGCAACGGCGUGGGCACCGGGACCAAAAAAAACCCCUUCCCCCGGGCGGAGGCCUGA